GAAUAUUUAAAUAACAUCUUUAGACGCGUAAAGUGGAGGAUAAAGGACAAGAGAGGUAUCCUGGUUUACUGCAGGGGGGAAGAAGAAGAAGAAGACACGGAGCUGCUAUGAUUCUCUCCUUGGCCGCAGUGGCAGCCAUGAGUAGCGGCAGCGGUAGCAGCCUCAACUCCUCCUCCCCCCUCGACCCCUUCGACUCCUCCACUUCCUGGAGCCUCUCGGAGGACCCCUCCAACUCCUCCUCUGAACCCGUCGUGCGAACUCUGACCCCUGACCUCCAGCCAGCGACCAACGCCAUCGCUGUCGAGGGAGUCAGCCCCUGGGAUAUUGCGCUCUGCGUGACUGGGACGCUCAUCUCCUGCGAGAACGCUCUGGUGAUCGCCGUGCUGUUCUACACGCCGACGCUACGCGCUCCCAUGUUCAUCUUGAUUGGAUCGCUGGCGGUGGCGGAUCUCCUGGCCGGCCUCGGCCUCAUCUUGAACUUUGUCUUCACCUAUUUGGUCAGCUCGGUGGAGUUUGUGACGCUGUUGUCAGUCGGACUGCUCAUCUCGGCCUUCUCGGCGUCUGUCCUCAACAUCCUCGCCAUCACAGUGGACCGUUACCUGUCGCUGUACAACGCCCUGACCUACCACACUGAACGGACAGUCACCUUCACCUACGUGAUGGUGGUCUUCAUCUGGGUGUCGUGCCUCACGCUCGGCUUGCUGCCGGCACUCGGCUGGAACUGUCUGAGGGACGAGUCUACGUGCAGCAUCUGUCGGCCCGUCACCAAAAACAACGCCGUGGCGCUCGCCGUCACCUUCCUACUGGUCUUCGCCCUCAUGAUGCAGCUCUACCUGCAAAUCUGCAAGAUCGCCUUCCGCCACGCGCAGCAGAUUGCCGUGCAGCACCAGUUCGUGGCCAUCUCCACCACCAAAGGUGUCUCCACGCUGUCGGCCAUCCUGUGUGCCUUCGGGGCGUGCUGGCUGCCGUUUGCCAUGUACUCCAUUGUGGCUGACUACAACUACCCCGUAAUAUACACCUACGCCACGGUCCUCCCAGCCACCUGCUGCUCUGUGAUCAACCCCAUCAUCUAUGCGUUCCGAAACCCGGACAUCCAGAAGUCGCUGUGGAUGGCCUGUUGUGGGUGUGUCCCGUCCAACCUCUCCCUCAGACCCAGGACCUCCAGUGACGUGUAGCAGGGAAGGUUGGUUUCUGUUUGGCAUGAUGCUUGACGCCAAGUCAGGGUUGUCGGAGGGAGAGGACGAAACGGGGAACAAGAGAAGAGAAAGGUUGAAGGUUGGUGGUGGAGGAAGAAGAGAUUUCCUCUCAACUCCUCGUAUCAGGGCUGGUGGGCUGAUGGCGAACGCUCAGCUGGCCACGGUAAAAGUGGCACGGGCAGGUGAGGGAGAAGGGGGGGACAGUGCAUGGUCCAAAUAUAAAAAAAAGAAGAUAGAGCUAAUAAAGAUCAUGUCCUGUCUAAUGCUGGGAGGAAAUCACAUAGCGAUGGGGAUGGCGUGAAACCAACUGCAAAAACCUGAUUAAGGUAUCCCUCAUGGUGGUUGUGGGAGUUGCAGGGGGGGGGGUGUGUCAGGUGACUUUUUCCAACUGACCUCCUUUAGGGUGUGAGAAGUGAGGCCUACUUCUCAAGAGUAGCAUUAAUUUGAAGGCGGUAUUUAGGAGGAAUUGUCCUAAAUCUCCAUAGGACCCGAGUUUGGGAAGCACUGCAUGGUUAUGCAAUCAGAAGGAGUGAAACAGUCUUAAAAUACCGUAUUUGUUUUCACUGAUGUGUUUGAAAUUCAGUGGUGUUUGGAUAAAAAUACAAUGAGCUAAAUAUACACAAUGAAUGACCUUGAGUAUUCUCAAUGAGCUAAUUUUGCAGUCUUCUCCUGAUAGGAAUAAAAAUUAAAAAAAAAUCCCCCUGUGAAACAUACUUUAACAACUGUGUUGCCUUGAUCUGAUGCAGAUUAAGUAAUUACUGAGUUUAUAGACAGAGAGUGUAACAAUAAUUAACUCUACAGUAUGUGCUGAGAUUGAAAUCGUGAUCAUCGACAUAGUCUACCAAGCCCAUUAUGACUUUUCCCAAUGCCAACAGCACAAUCUGCAUUUUCUCAAAGGCAGACACACAUCUCAAUGCACAGCAUGCCGUGAGGAUAGAGGGGGAAAAAAAAUGUGUCAUAAUUCAGAGAGAAACAACACCUAAUCACAUACAAAAACAAAUCCAAAACAAAAUCAAAUCUAGUGGGCCCCUAAUGCAUAGAUAACCCCCGCUAGUUCGCUGAGCCUAGAGAGGGAGUCGGGUGUGAUGAAAUCAAAUCUGCUCCCUGUCGGAGAAAAACAGGUUUCUCAGCCAGCCGUUGCGCUGUGACUGUGAAGCAUAGAGAGCUGAAUUCAGCACCAAGGACAGCGCCACUGCAGAGCGCCGCUACUGUGGGAAUGCUCUCUGCUGCGGUGGGAGAGCACUGGAAAGUAGGCUAGGCUGUUCUCUUCACCAUCUUGAUAGAGAAUGUGAGAUUGGCUUUAAAGGACCAAUACAGCUUGAUUGGAGUACUCAUUUCCAACCCAUUCAGUGUUUAUUUGGACUGUUUUGUCAGGCAUAUAUGAUGAGUUAGAUGCAUGUUUUAAUCCUUUUUGCUCUAACUUUUAUUUGGCCUCAUUUAUUUUUUUGAAAAACUGCAUAUUCACUUCCAGUUUCUGCUUGUGAGACAGACAGGAACAAACUCUAAAAAGAGCAGGUAAUAGCAAGACAUCUGUCAAACCAUCUGUCAAACAGAACUCAGUGAAGUCUUUGUGAAAACCAAAAGAUGCUUUCACCAGCUAUCAUCUGUAAAAUAAAACCUUAAAGCUUCAUUUUACACAUUCAUGGCUUUAAUAUGCCGUAUUCUUACAUGGGAGUGACUAAAAAAGUACAAAACUAAAAUGAAGGCUAAGAAGACAACCAAAACACUGGAAAUCAUUCUAGAAAGUAAAAAAAGAGCAAUAGAAUACAGUAAACGACUCCAAUCAUGCUUGAAUUAUCCUUAAACAUUACUCGAGGUCCUACAGCGCAACGAUGACCUGUUUCUUUCCUCCAUCUUCCUCUCGCCUCUCCGGUAUCGCUGCAGUAGAAAUUAUGCAUGAGUAAAGCAAUGUAUGGCCCCGCGAGUGCCAGUAAAACAAACCUUCUUACACGGGCAAGGUGAAAGCAGCUGAUGUUUUUCAGAGAUCAAAUGGGACCUCGAUGUUUAUCUGCAUCCGCAUUACGCCGUUUAGGCCAUGCGCCUCUAAAUUUAGAGAUAGCAUUCUAACUCCAUUGCCCGAUUGAUUAUCCAUUAGCUAAAGCUGAGCGCAAUCCAUAUUGAAUAGGUCAUUUUUCAUCCAGUCAUUUGUUUGGCUACAGUGCAUCUAAGUUGAACUUGGAUAUUGCCAUAGUUCUGCAAAAAACUGCAUCUGUAAAAAACCUAUAUUGGAUGGCUUUUACAUUAACGUUACGGCAUAAAAAUAGCAUUUCCUAUGCUUAUACUCAGUCCCAGAGUCGGGAACUUAUUAUAUAUAUAUAGUGGAAGACAGAUAUGAGAGCAGAUGAUGGAUGAAAUCUAUACUAAAACUGUAAAACACAAGCAUCAUAUGGUCUAAAUUCCUCCAUUUUCACUUCCUUACUUGCAGCUUGUCAGCAGUAGCUGGAUAUUUGCUGCAUACACACCCACAAACACACACACACACACACUCAUGCCCCGCCUUGAAGAAGCAGCGCAGCUCUGCCCCGGGGCCCCUCUGAAGGCUCGGCGGGUUAAUGAGAAGCGAGAGAGGCGAGGUGACGUGGCGUGAAAUAGAAACGCCAGGCGAGACGCGCUUUAACACAACCUCAGGUCACGUCCACCACGCACCCAAUCAGGAUGAAGUUAUUUCCCACUGAAAGGGCAUCAUGUAAGUUAAAUCCAGCUAAUGUUAAUAACAUCUCUGUAAUAAUAGUGCCGGGAACUGGCCUAAUGUACAGGGGAUGUAGUGAAUGCUUCGAGGAUGAGCCAGAGAGGGGAUUUAUUGCCAACUUCCAUCUGCAUUUAAAUGAUAUACGGAGGUAGUUUUCACUCUCGUGUUCCUCUGCACAACCUCAGAAAGUGGCACCAUGACUAAGCUACUGGCAUGCUGCUAGUAUACGUGUGUGGGAGGUGUACUGGCUUUAGGAAAACAGUUCAUGGAAACUGUAUGGGCUUUAUAGUUUCAAACUCUAAAACAAAGACACUCGACUCAACAGCAGAAAAAAAAAACACAGGUUGUUUCUGUAUCGACAGGGAAUCACUUCCAAAUUUAACGCUUUCUACCAAAUAAACCACAACAAUAGAUGACAGCAAACAAUACACAGAAACUUUGAAAAUGGCGCACAGGAGAAGCAGGUAUUAAGAUCAUAAUUUUUUUUUUCCUAUAGUGUAAAUUAAAAACUAGAGUAGAAGUGUUUUUUUUUUUUUUUUCCUCGCAGCAGCAAACAAUCAGUUGUUUUUGCUGAAGUUGUUAGCAGAACAACAGCUACACCACUCUGUCUACAAUUUUGUCCAAAAAAAGGCAGAAUCUCUUGUGUUUUUUUUUGUUUUUGUUUUGUUUUGGCCUUAUUGGAACAAACACUCCUUCGCAAUAAUGUCCAAGUGUAUUUUGCUGUGUACAAAAAGCCACAAUCGAGAUGAGGAGAGAGAAAGAGAGAGAGGCGGUUGAGCUCCGAAUGAUUUGCAGGAUAAUUAAAAUAAGUAUUUCAAAGCAACAAAUAGCACGGUGUACUGUAUUUGAAAAGAAAUAUGGGCUGGAUGGCUGGGGGUUUUCCAAGAGGCCUUUCAGCAGUAGUGUAUCAUGGAAGUAGGACAAACCUAAAAAUGAAGUAAUGCUCCAUUUCCAUUUAUAGGCUGCGUUAUGCAGAUAGUGGACUUGUAAUAUUGUUACUUUUUCUCUCUAAAAUAAGCCUUAUUUUCUUCUAAACAGUCAUCGCAUUUGAAUAGCAGAAUAGUAAAUGUCUCAUUUUAGAAAAUCGUAAGUAAAAAGAAGAAAAAAACGGUUAUCUGAAGGUUAAGGGGUCACACCAGUGAAAUGGGUUGCCACAGUUUGACACAGAUCUCAUAGUUUGGUCCACCUCCCUCUCUCGCUCUCUCCUUUUGCUCAAUCACUGCAUUGACAGAACUGCCUAAUGGAAAACGACUUGCAUCAAUUACCAGGUGAAAUACUUUCAAUUACUCUGAAGCUGGAAGCAUGAGAUGGACAGAGUUUGGUCUUUUUGGUAAGCUUGGUGAGCUGCAGCAUCAAUGGGGGGGGGACCAGCAGUGCCGGGAAAAACCAAUCGAUCCCAGAGAGUUAAUUGAAUCCGUUUCACAUGGGAAUGUGAUGCAGAUCCAGUUGGCACACAGUUCUCCUGUAUGCACAAUGAUGUGUGAAACUUGCUUGGUCACCUGUGUUUGGAGAUGCUAGAUGGGACGCACAGAAUGACUGGAGGUACAUAGAUUGGCCCUUUAAAUGGUACGAUGAUGGAGGAUCUGCACUAGCAUGGCUAAUGGCUAAUGCUAACAAAACCAGAUGUGGCCUUCAAGCUUGCCCUCUGCUUUAUCUUCCUAUUAAAAACUAAUCAAACUGUGAUUAGAAUCAUGAGCCAGACUUGGAUUAAACACUAAAUAAUUUUUAUGGUAUGUUUGAGCCACAUAGUGUGGGUAUCGCCUAUCACCAGGACAAAUGUGAGGAAUUUUGUGUCACCAGCUUUCUAUAGUUUGGAAGUGUCUUGACUCCAGUUGAGGCCCUAUCAAACCAGGAUUUAAAAGCAGUGAAAAUUUGAGCUGAUUGAAUCCACUGAUCACGGCAAUUCCAUUUAAAUUAACUGAUUUUGUUGCAUUCAGUGGAUCCGCUCAUGGAGGUGACACACAUCCUCUCAAAGUUUCAUGUGAAAAUGGAGGAAGCUAUCGUAGCAUGCUAGCUGUCUUGCUUAUCCACUUUUAUUUUACCUCCACUUUCAGAGCAUAAGCUGCUCCACAACAGAGGAAUGAUUUGCAAACAGUCAUGAGACAAAGUCUCUCUCAAAUGGUACAAAUACAUCUUUCGAAUAAUAAAUGUGUGAAUUUACUGUCCUUUUAGUGACCAAGCUAACAAGCUGGCUAACUGACCAAAGCUAGCUAGCUCAGAGAGCUUUUAUCUCCCUUUAGUAAACCUUUAUUAAAUUAAAUGAUUUACAGUUGUGACAACAAAAUGACAAGAGGGACUAAACAGCUCAGUUCAGACAAAACAGAAAGAAGCUCAGGGAGCUAACCCACUAGCGCUAGCAUGAUUCUAGCUGGCUAGCGUUAGCAGUUAUCUUACAGCUACAGUAGUUCACAAAGAACUACAUAUUUUGUGACAACACACGAUUGAAGGUGGAUUUUUUUAUUUAUUGUUUAACUUUAAUCAGUGAAUAACAUCUGUUAGUUGAGAAAAAAGACCUCUAUGUAGCUAUUUCAUAACCUGCUGUGGAUAAACACUAAGAUAAAUGGAAUUAACUCUUUGAACAUUUUGGAAAUAGAAGGAUUUCACCUUUGCACUCCACUUUGUUGUCCUUUGGUACUAAUAAAAUGUCAGCUAUAUGGCAUUUCACCAGGGUAAAACAAACCCAGAAAGGUUAUUUGAUCCAAGUCUGGAGGGAAUCUCAAACUCCAAAGUAAAACCACAAAUCAGCUCUUAUACGAGCGGGCUGACCGAAAUAUUAAAUCCAGCAUCACUCAGCUGGAAGUAGAGCGACUGAACAGCUGAUAUGAAGUCCAGCGUCGACCACAGCAGCAUCACACAGCUGUAUUUUACACAUUGUCUCUGACGGUCCCAUCUGGCAUGUCCAUCUAGUGGUUGUUUUAAACAAUUAUUAAAAACAACUAAAGUGUUUUAACACUCAUCUGUGAAUAUGCCACUACUACACAGUCAACCAUUCCUGGGGCAGGAGUGGAGCGACCACUCACUGUGUGUGUAUGUGUGUGUGUGUGUGUGUGUCUGUGUCUCAAUGCGUGUGUGUGCUUGUGUUCUCCCCCCGGGAUCAUAGCCAAUUGUAAUGAACCAUAACUCAACCAACUCUCACUGUAAACACAAAACACACGCAGAAUGGUUUUGUCAGCCGCUAUACAGGACUAUAAUUCAAUUUAAAAAAAAAAAAAAAAUACUG